GCAAUAUUUUUGUUUGUACUACACUGGUUCAUGAUUCCAGUUUAGUACGGUUUAACGCGCCUAUAGUUGAAUUGUAAUUAGACGGCACACAUUUCUGAACGCGCCCUUAUCCGAAAGCAUUUAAUUACAUCUGUCAACAAUGUCAAUUGCCUCCUGGGUGGCUUACUAGGUGUACUUAUCUGGUAAGUUGCUACAGUCGUAAGAAGUCUGAGGUUAGUAUUGUCAUAAAUUUCGUUUUUAAUCUGUCGUUUUGAGGUUACCUUUGUGGUUUUUGUGUUUUUCCUACAACAUUUAGUCGAAUCUUAAACAUUUAUUGUCUUAGAGAAGCCCCAGUAAAGGGGUGCAAUGUUGGUGAAGAAUUUUUCUGUUAAUUAUUGUCCCGUAUAACAUGGAUAAGGACCAUAUCAUGUAAAGAAGUGUGACGUGCCAAAACUACGACCGGAGUGCUCUUCAGGCCCAAUACCCUGGUUUUGGCACAGAAUGGAUACCAAUGUAUCAAAAAGACGACGGAGCACUCGCCAUUGGCUAUUUCACUGCUCCCGAAACCAAAUUUUUCACCCCAGAACCAAGUGAAGCAGUUUCAUUUACUCUCUACACCAGACAACACCCCAAUGGUACCCUCAUUGAAGACUCCAUCCAAACCUACGACACAAUUUUUGACAAGACUAAACCAACUAAAUUCGUGACUCAUGGAUGGAUGUCUGCUGGCACGUCCGACACAUGUAUAGAUAUUAAAAACGGCUUCUUGAAAAAAUACGACGCAAAUGUUAUUAUAAUGGACUGGGGCGACAUUGCUGGGAACGUUGUUUACCCCAUCCCCAUGUCUGCCAGCAGUUCCGUAGGUGAAUACUACUCCCAGUUCCUCAACGAAAUUGUAGAUUAUGGAGUAGAUCCUCAAAAUAUUCACCUGGUGGGUCACAGUCUAGGUGCUCACGUGUCAGGAUUUGCAGCCCGAGUUGUCAAAAAAGGGAAAAUUGGAAGAAUAACAGCCCUUGAUCCUGCUAAACCUGGGUUUGAUAAUAUUCAGUUAGUGAGUGGUGGGCGUUUAAAAAAGGACGAUGCUGGUUUUGUUGAUGUCAUUCAUACUUGUGCAGGAUACUUAGGAGUGGGGGAUUCCAUAGGUCAUGCUGAUUUUCGUCCAAACGGUGGAAGCGUCCCUCAACCUGGGUGUGGAAAUAUUUUUGAAAUGGUGGAGGGUUGUAGUCAUGGACGAAGUUGGAUAUAUUUUGCUGAAAGUCUUGUUUCUAAGACUCCUUUCAUGGGGUACCCUUGUGAUUCUUUCGAAAAUUUUGAAAAGAGCGAUACAUGUAAAGACGGAGAAGGAGUUCCAAUGGGAGAUGACACACCUAGUAGUACACGAGGAGAUUAUUAUUUAAGAACAGGCGAAGCUGCACCGUUUGCUGUCAAAGCAAUUAACACCGAUGUUGACCAGAACGACAAAAAAUAAAAAAGUUACUAUUUUCC